GAUCAAGUGGGGCCAUGUGGUGGUGUUGAAAAAUUAGAACCGUUGAUCUAAUUAAACCCCAGUGAGAAGUAGGUAGGGUUGAGCCUAGAAUGGAAAUAUGAUUGCAGCAUAAAGGCAAACAUGAUUACUAUUUGGAUGAACUGCUUCUAAUAUUUAAAAACAGCAACAGCAACAGCAACAGCAACAGCAAGAAAAAGCGUUCCCAUGGCAGAGAAGGCACACUUUGUGCUGGUGCAUGGAGUAGGCGGCGGGGGCUGGUGCUGGUAUAAGCUGCGGUGUCUGAUGGAGAAUUCAGGCUACAAGGUGUCUUGUAUUGACCUCAAAGGAGCCGGCAUCGAUCCCACUGAUCCUAAUUCUCUACUUUCUUUUCAUGAUUACAAUCAUCCUCUCAUCGACUUUUUGUCUUCCUUGCCCGAUCAUCACCAGGUAAUAUUGGUAGGGCACAGUGCGGGUGGGCUAAGCGUAACGCACGCAACUCACAAAUUCUCAAACAAGAUCAAGUUAGCUGUCUAUUUAGCAGCCACCAUGCUCAAGUCCGGCUUCUGCACUGAUCAAGACAUUCAACAGGGAGUUCCUGAUCUAUCGUCAUACGGGGACGUGUAUGAGGCAGGAUUUGGAUUAGGGAGUGAUAAACCUCCGACCAGUGUCAUCAUCAAGAAACAAUUCCAGCGCCAAAUCAUAUACCAAUUGACUCCACUCGAGGAUUCGACUCUAGCUGCCAUGCUGCUGAGGCCAGGACCCAUCCAAGCAUUACAGUCGGCACAGUUCAAGAAAGAGGAGGAGGACGACGACGGGAUAGAGAAGGUGAAGCGCGUGUACAUAAAGACACUGCAAGAUCAUGUGCUGACACCACAACAACAGGAUGCCAUGAUCAACAGGUGGCCUCCCUCUCAGGUUUACGCCUUGGAUUCUGAUCACAGCCCUUUCUUCUCCUCUCCCUUUCUUCUCUUCGGCCUGCUUCUUAAAGCUGCUGCUUCUGUCUCUUCUAAUAUUAUUUAGCUCCCUAUAUUUUACCUGGGGAACUACUUCUUUAAUUCUUGAUAUGUUAUCUUCUUUCCAAGGAAUUUGACAUUGAAAUAAGACUAUAUGGCUCCAAAACACAAGGGGAAAAUCAAACAAUUCAAAUCAUUAGAUUGUAUUUCUAGCGAA